AUGGAGGAUUCUUCUUGGGGUCCAUGCCAAGAUGCAGUCAACAAUUCCGAUUCACUCGAUACGACGACAAAUCACUCAGAGAAGGAACUUCCACCGAAUCUUGAAUUGACUGCUAUUGUUUUUCUCCGGAGAACGGCGGGUAAGCAACAUGUUGAAACCGUGGAAGCCUCAGUUUCAUGUGCUUGUUCUCUGAAUACCGGUGAUUGCUCGACAAGUAUGGAUAUUCUAGUUCCUGCAGGUAUUCAUGAUGGUCCAAGAACCAGAAAUGGUGGCCCCUCUAGUCUUAUCGACAGAUGGAGAUCCGGUGGACAUUGCGACUGCGGCGGCUGGGAUUUGGGCUGUCCGUUGACUGUACUUAAAUCCAGAUCAAGUAAAGAACCAUGUUUGCCUUCGACGGAUACAUUCGAUGCGUGCAAGCUAUUCGAUUUUUUCGUUCAGGGCUUGAAGAACGGUUCUCCGACGUUGAGGAUAGCAAACGUUCGUGAUGGCCUGUAUUAUAUUCAUUUUCAAUCAGCACUCUCAGCCCUGCAGUCUUUCUCAAUUGCAGUCGCAUACAUCCAUGCGCAAAGUCCGGGUUUCCGACCGGAAAACAUAAAGCCGACGAGGUAG